AUGAAACUCAAUAAAAGUUUAAUCGCAAUAUUAUUAUUAUGUUUUGUGUUAUUUGUUAAUAUAAAUGUGUCCAAUGGGCAAGAUAGUUCGGUAGCACAAUCGGAAAACCCUACUCCUUCAAGUUCCGAACAACAAGUAGUACCAUCAUCACAAGAAGAUCAAACAGCUUCAUCAGCUGUUCCCGAACAAACUGACUCACAACAACAAGAAGCACCAGCUCAAUCAUCAGCUGCCCCAUCAACUGAUUCACAACAAGCUCCAACAGAAUCAACUGAAGCCCCAACUCAAUCAUCAGUCGAACAACCAGCACCAACAGAAUCAACUGAAACACCAGCCCAAUCAUCAGCUGCUGAACAACAAGCACCAGCAGAAUCAACUGAAGCCCCAGCUCAAUCAUCAGCUGCUGAACAACAAGCACCAGCAGAAUCAACUGAAGCCCCAGCUCAAUCAUCAGCUGCUGAACAACAAGCACCAGCAGAAUCAACUGAAGCCCCAGCUCAAUCAUCAGCUGCUGAACAACAAGCACCAGCAGAAUCAACUGAAGCUCCAGCUCAAUCAUCAGCUGCCGAACAACAAGCACCAGCAGAAUCAACUGAAGCCCCAGCUCAAUCAUCAGCUGCUGAACAACAAGCACCAGCAGAAUCAAAUGAAGCACCAGCUCAAUCAUCAGCUGCCGAACAAUCAGCAGAAUCAAAUGAAGCACCAGCUCAAUCAUCAGCUGCUGAACAACAAGCACCAGCAGAAUCAAAUGAAGCUCCAGCUCAAUCAUCAGCUGCCGAACAACCAGCAGAAUCAAAUGAAGCACCAGCUCAAUCAUCCUCAACUGUAGAACAACCACCAGCUGAAUCAUCAGCUGCACCAGAAGCAACAGAAGUUCCAGCUGAAUCUGCUGAACAACCAACUGAAUCAUCAAAUGCUGAACAACAACAAACUGACUCACAACAACCAACUCAAUCAUCAGGUGAAGAACAACAACAACCAACUGAUUCACAACAACAACCAACUGAUUCACAACAACAAACAACUGAUUCACAACAACAACAAACAUCAGAAUCAUCAAAUCCAACCCAAUCAUCAGGUGAACAACAACCAACCGAAUCAUCAAAUGCUGAACAACCAACUGAUUCACAACAACCACCAGCAGAAUCAUCAUCAGCCCCAGAAGCAACUGAAUCUCCAGAACAAUCAGGUGAAGAACAACCAACUGAAUCACAACAAGAAACAUCUGCUUCACCAACUGAAGAAAAUCAAACAUCUUCAACAGAAGAACAACAACAACCAGCCGAUUCAACCGCCUCUGUAGAACAACCAGCCGAAACAUCAUCAUCACAACAAACCUCAGAAGCACCAGCUCAAUCAAAUGAGCAACCAACUGAAUCAUCUGCCUCUUCUAAUCCAACUGAAUCAUCAUCUGCUACUCCAACUGAAUCAUCCACAGCUCCAACUGAAUCAUCUGCCACACCAGCUGAAUCAUCAACUGCCACAUCAGAAUCAUCUGAAGAAACCGUUGUAAAACCAGCCUCUGGAGAAGAUGGUUCAGAAGCCAUUGAAUCAGGAGAAACUGAAACAUCAGAAGAAUCAAUUGAAUCAGAAGAAACUGAAACAUCAAAUUCUGAAACAAGUCCAGCAAUUUCCAAAUCACCAAUCAACUCUGAUCCAACUCUUCCAAAUAUUAAUGAAUUUUCUGACGAUGAAAAAGCCUCACAAAAAGGUGGAAAACAAAAUAAAUUACAUUCAAGUACAGAAGAAACUUCUGAUGAAACAUCAUCCCAUAGUGAUUCAUCAAACUUAAAAUCAAAUAGUAUAUUCACAAUUGUAGCUGUAUCAUCGAUUAUCUAUUUAAUUUUGUAA